AUGGCCACCCGUGAUAAUGAUGGUCGGUAUUUCCCUGAAAAUCUAGCAAUGGAGAUUCUAAUCAAGUUGCCGAUAGAAUCCUUGUUGCGAUUCAAAUGCGUCGGCAAGUACCGGUUUGAAAACAUUACGAGCCCUAGCUUCAUCAAAGAACACAUGAAUUGGAGCAGAAAGAACAAGCCCUCAAAAAUCAUGAUUUAUGAUCAUAUUGGAUGCCCCUCAAAUGAUGAUUCUCCUCUCAAUCCCAAUCCCAUCACUUUGAUUUCGGUCUCAUGUGCUGUUGUCGUACAUAAAAAUCCUGAUUAUCUUCAGGAAUUCAGAGGUAUGACGUACCUUUUAGGUUCUGUGGAUGGCUUGUUUUUAUUGGAGCGAGUAAUUGAUGGCAGCAUAUUCAACGUCUUCUUGGCUUUGUGGAAUCCUGCCAUCAGGGAAGUGAUAUUGUGA